GAGAAAAGCAUUCGGAAGCGUUUCGAAUUUAUCAAGUUAAAUUUGUAUAUUGUUUUGGAAAUAAAAAUGGAUUGAUACUGGUCUUUUUUCCUUUCUGAUUUUAAAUAUCUCAAUGGAGGAAAUUCCUACUAAUCUGAACGCUGUGUUGCAAGAAUAUGGUCCAUAUCCUUUACACAAGACAGCAUUUUUGGGUCAUAAACAGCAUUUGAUAUUUCUGCUGGAGAGUGGACUAUCUCCAAACCAGACAAAUUAUGAUUGUCUUACGCCUUUACACGAAGCUUGUAUUCAGAAUAGGGCUGAGUGUGCAGAAAUCUUGAUUAACUAUGGAGCGAAAGUGAAUGCUUCCAGUGUGGAUGGUGGAACUCCUUUAUGUGAUGCAUGUGCAGCUGGGAGUAUUUCGUGCGUUGAGUUGCUCAUGCGAAAAGGAGCAGAAGUCAAUCCACCACUCGCUUUGAGUACCCCCCUUCAUGAGGCAUGUUUUAGAGGUAGUCUUGAUUGUAUGAAAAUGCUGAUAAAUGCAGGAGCUCAAUUAAAUGCAAAUGAUUGCCACUUUGGUACACCUCUUCACGCGGCUACUGCUAUGAAUCGUGCUGAAUGUGUCAAAUUACUCCUGCAAGCAGGUGCUCUUGUUAAUGCAGCGAAAAUUCAUGAAACGGCUUUGCACAUUGCUGCUCGAGAAAAUUUACCAGACGUUGUAAAGAUUUUGCUAGAAUAUGGAGCUAAUGUGUUUGCUAGUAAUAAUCAGAACAAGUUGCCUAUAGACCUUUUGAGGGAGCCUAUAGGCCCGGUAUAUGAUCUUUUAAGUCAUUAUGCAGCACAACCUGCUAUUUUGAAAGAUUUGUGUCGCCGUCGAGUACGCCAAUUGUUAGGAAGCCGUAGAAUAAGAUUUUUGACUGAACUUGAAGUUCCUAAGACUCUGUUGCUUUAUUUAAUGCAUUUAGAGUGAUGGUGAUUUUGCUAAAUUAUUCAUAUUUUUGAAUUAUUAUUUUAGGAGUGUAAAUAAAUGUCUGCAUAUCUGAAGAA